CUGAUAUCACCGUCCAAGCUGUUAUUGUGUGUUUUGUGCAUUGUAAGUUUGCAUUGUACAGUUCUUUGUCAGCAGUUGGUGCUCACUUGGCACGGGUUUGAGGCUAUAUUUACCUACAGGCAAAUAAUUUAUUAUAUUAAUAUGGACAUCAGCUGCUUUCCCAACGAGGUUCUGUGUCAUAUAUUUGAUUUCCUGUCGUGGAGUGACAGAAGAAAUACUUCGCUAGUUUCUCGCCAGUGGUAUGCGAUCAAUAACUCGGAUCGAUACCUGAGACAGACCAAACUGGUACUUUAUAACUAUUCGAAGGUGCAAUUUUUUUCGGGCGUUGCAGCUUCGUUACUAAGAACGCAACGAAACAUUGAGUUUCACUCCAGCGCAAUGCUCGACACAGAACAACUCCUAUCAGCAAUGGAGGAGGCAUUACCCAGUGGAGAAUCUGCAGUAGAAUCUGUGGAUUUGUUUCUUAGAUCCAACCACGAGCAGGUGUCCUGUUUGGUUAUACAGAAUUUACCUAGGCUGAAGCAACUCAAAAGUUUGAGCAUUUUGGCGAAUGAAGGUUUCAAAACAUUCCAAAAUAGAUUGGAAAUUCGUAACGACACAUUAGAGACACUAAAAUUGUCCUUCUACCGAAAUACUACGUGUUAUGUGCGCACACCUAAACUUAGAUGUUUAAACAUAGUGAUACGACAUCUAAAUGAUAUAACAGUGCUGAAUGCGGUCUGCCAGCAAUUAUCUGAACUCAUCAUAACUUUCCAGUCCAAAGAUUUAGUAACCAAAUUGUUUCUAUGUAACUUCAAAAACUUGACUAAACUAAAUCUUUGCAUCGAAAAUGAUAAAUAUCUACCGUACACUGUAGCACCUUCUGUACUUAGCUGGCAGGAAAUCCAAACGUUCCUUGACUCUAUUAAGGGAUUGAAAACACUAGAAAUCGUAGACAAAUGUAACAUAUUACGACAUAACUAUCUGAACGUUUUUGUCUGUGCGGAAGCUCUCACCCAUCUAACAAUCAACUAUACAACCGUGGACGCGAAUAUGGUGGAAUUUAUCUCGCAGUUUAAAAACCUUCGGAUGUUGAACCUACAAGGAUGCUCCACAGGAGGUGACCCCAUCUCCAUAAACUUACCAAAGCUACAGACACUAUUGAUGCCAUACAAACACUACUCAAAUUUACCGUGCACAAAUUUGCAACAUCUUACGACGUUGCACUACAGCAGCUCGCAAAAAAAUCACUCUCAAUUUAUACAUCAAAUCACAAGCACGUUUACCAGUUUGAAAAAUCUAAUUUUUUCAAAUUUUGACUACGAGCUGUCGUAUGAUUCGUUUCAAUUUCUGGAUAGAUUGCCGCGGUUAGAAUCGCUCACGAUUCGCGAUAUGUCAGUAUCUAGUCAACUAUUCUGCAAUUGUCCAGUACUCACGGCACUUCGGAAGCUCACCGUCAAAACUAUUGUCACGGAAAUCUCGCUCAUAGAAUGCUUUCCGGACAAAAUACCUCAUCUGUACAAGCUGAACAUCGAUAACUGUUUCUUCUACAUUUUUUCCCGUGACAGCACGAAAGAGCCAUUCACGUUCGACAUUUUGAGAAGGCAUAUGCCACGCACUCGAAUUUCUACGAUCGCGUCUAAAGUGUUCACGAAUACGAUGGAACCGAAAGUGAUUACGAAUGACUAGCAGCAGAAUUGGCUUCCAAUCUACAGGGAUAUUCAAAUGUCCAUUCAAAUGUUAAAGAGUAAGUAAAUGUUAAAGGAAAUGAAAUUUUAUAUAUUGUGAUUGUGUUAGCAUAGCUGAU